AUGCAACCCAAGUCAAUAUCGUUGUUGCAAAAAAUUGAUUCUAUAAUUGAAACAAUAAUAGUAAAAUUUACCAAUAUUUUUGAGAAUCUACAAGAUGCCAAUAAAACCACUGAGAUAUUGUCGAUGGAAAGUUUGGCUAUGGAAAAUAAUUGUAUUCAAAUUAUUCGAUUAUGUCAAGAUUUAAUCAGUAUUUCACGUAAUCUUAAAGAAAUUUGGGUAUUAAAUAGCAUUAAAGUUACACAAGAGAAAUUUGAAUGGAAACAAGAAGAAAUAGAUACCAUGUUUACACAAUUUAAUUUAUUAACAGAUAAAAUUGCUGAAUUUGAAACUGAUAUGAAUAAAGAAUAA